AUGGGUAAUCGAUCUUUCAAGUCUACUAUACGUAUACCUCAACAAAUUAAAUCCCUCUUUGAAAAAGCUAUAGAAAAUCAUCAAUCCGGCAACCUUAAUGAAGCCUUAUCCAAUUGUAUACGAGUUUUGGAUAAAAUCCAAGCUACAUCCCGGAGUACUAUUGAUCUUAAUCGGAUGCGAUGUGAGAUUUAUCUUCUUGUUGGCGAUAUAUAUAUACAACAAAGUGAAUGGAUAAAAGCUAAAGAAUUCAAUGAAAAAGGACAAGAAAUGGCCGAAAAGCUGCAAGAAAAUGUAAUCAUUGUCCGAUGCUUAGAUCAACAAGGUGAUAUUCAAAAGGUGCAAGGAGAUUUGAAGGGGGCAUCGGAUAAUUAUGCUAAAUCAUUGAGUAUAAAGUUAAAUUAUUUAGGCAAGGAAGACCUAGAUGUCAGUAAUUCAUAUGACCGGAUAGGAAAUAUACAUUAUGCUCAAUGCAGAUAUGACGAGGCUCUCUCUAUGCAUGAAAAAUCACUCAAAAUUCGAUUAUCAGCCCUUGGUCACAAUCAUUCUGAUGUGGCUAAAUCUUAUAGCAAUAUUGGAGAAAGCUAUUGGGAACAGAGUAAAUAUGAAGAGGCUAUUUGUAUGCAUGAGAAAUCGCUCAAAAUUCGAUUAUCAGUUUUUGGCCUUAAUCAUCCUGAUGUUGCUACAUCAUAUAAUAACUUGGGAAAUGUCCAGGCUGAUCAAGGCAAGCAGAAAGAGGCCAUUUCUAUGUAUGAGAAGUCGCUCAAAAUUCGCUUGCAAGUUCUUGGUCAUAAUCACUUCGCUGUUGCUCAAUCAUACAAUAAUUUAGGAAAUAUCUAUGCUGAUCAAGGUAAGUAUGAAGAGGCUAUAUCUAUGUUUGAGAAAUCACUCCAAAUUCGAUUGUCGAUUUUUGGUCAUAAUCAUGCAGAUGUUGCUACAUCAUAUAACAACUUGGGAACUAUAUUUUAUGAUCAGGGCAAGCAUGAAAAGGCUCUCUCUAUGUAUGAGAAGUCUCUCAAAAUUCGAUUGUCAGUCCUUUGUAGCAAUCAUCUCGAUGUUGCCCAAUCGUAUAACAAUAUCGGUCUUAUAUAUGGUGAUCAAGGCAAGCACGAAGAAGCUAUUUUUAUGUAUGAGAAAUCACUUAAAAUUCGAUUAUCAGCUCUAGGUCAUAAUCAUUGUGUCGUUGCUCAAUCGCACAAUAACCUGGGAAAUGUCUUUGCAGAUCAGGGCAAGCAUGAAGAAGCUAUUUCUAUGUAUGAGAAAUCGCUUAAAAUUCGAUUAUCACUUCUAGGUCCUAAUCAUGUUGCUGUUGCUACAUCAUAUAAUGAUGUGGGAACUAUAUAUUGUGAUCAAGGAAAAUACGACGAGGCCAUUUCUACGUUUGAGAAAUCAGUCAAAAUUCAGCUGUCAGUUCUUGGUCCUAAUCAUCCUACUAUAGCUCAAUCCUAUAACAACAUCGGAAAUGUAUAUUCUCAUCAAGAUAGGCACGAAGAAGCUAUUUCCAUGUAUGAAAAGUCACUCAAAAUUAAUUUACUAGUCUUUGGUCACAAUCAUAUAAGUGUUGCUGCAUCAUAUAAUAACAUGGGGAAUGUCUUUAAAAAUCAGAGCAAGUAUAAUGAAGCGGUCACUAUGUAUGAGAAAUCGCUCAAAAUUCAACUUUCAAACUUUGGUCACGAUCAUCCCGAUAUUGCUUCAUUAUAUAAUAACAUGGGGAAUGUCUAUGCUGAUCAGGAGAAGCAUGAAGAAGCGAUUUCCAUGUAUGAGAAGUCACUUAAAGUUCGAUUAUCAAUCCUUGAGAACAAUCAUCCCGAUAUUGCUGCAUCCUAUAAUAACAUUGGGGUCGUUUAUAGGAAGCAGACUAAAUAUGAAGAAGCUAUUUCCAUGUUUGAGAAAUCGCUCGAAAUACAAUCAUCAGCCCUGGGUUACAAUCAUCCUGAAGUUGCCAAAUCCUAUAGCAACAUGGGAAAAGUUUAUUGGAAGCAGAGUAAAUAUGAAAAUGCCAUAUCUAUGUAUGAGAAAUCACUCAAAAUUCGAUUGUCAACUCUUGGUAGCAAUCAUUCUGAAGUUGCCAAAUCAUAUGACGACCUGGGAGAAGUCUAUAGGAAGCAAAGUAAGUCUAUGGAGGCUCUUUCUAUGUACGAAAAGUCGCUCAAAAUCCGAUUAUCAGUUUUUGGUCACAAUCAUCCUGCUUCCGCUCAGUCAUAUAACAACAUUGGACUAGCAUAUUGUGAUCAAGGCAAGCAUGAAGAGGCCAUUUCUAUGUAUGAGAAAUCACUUAAAAUUCAAUUAUCAGUCCUUAAUCAUAAUCAUCCUGAUAUUGCUAUGGCUUACGGAAACCUAGGAAUUGCCUAUUCUCUCCAGGCCAAAUAUGAAGAGGCUAUUUCUAUGUAUAAGAAAUCGCUCGAACUUCAAUUGUUAGCCUUUGGUACUAAUCAUCCCGAUGUUGCCAAAACAUAUAACAACAUGGGAACCGUCUAUAGUGAUCAGGGAAAGUAUGAGGAGGCAAUUUCUAUGUAUAAUAAGUCACUCAAGAUUAAGUUAUCAAUCUUUGAUCACAAUCAUCCCGAAGUUGAUAAAUUAUACAACAACAUGGGGAUUGUAUAUUUUCAUCAAGAUAAGCAUGUAGAAGCCAUUCGUAUAUUUGAAAAAUGCCUCAAGAUUGUUCUAUUGAUCUUUGGCCAUAAUCAUGAACGCGUUGCUGCAACUUAUAAUAAUAUGGGAAAUGUCUACAAAAACCAAGGCAAAUAUGAAGAAGCUAUUUCUAUGUAUGAAAAGUCACUUAAAAUACAAAUGUCAGUUCUAGAUCAUAAUCAUCCUGAUGUUGCUGCAUCAUACAAUAACAUGGGAAAUGCCUAUAAAAAUCAGGGCAAGCAUGAAGAAGCUAUUGCUAUGUAUGAGAAGUCUCUUAAAAUUCGGUCAUUAGUACUUAGCCACAACCAUCCUGAUAUUGCGGCAUUAUAUGACAACAUAGGAAUUGUAUACUCUUGUCAAGGUAAAUAUGAGAAAGCUAAUUCUGCGCUUGAGAAGUCACUUAAAAUUCGAUUAUCAGUCUAUGAUAGCAAGCAUCCCGAUAUUGCAGCAUCCUACAACAACAUGGGCGAAGUCUACAGGCAGCAGAGCAAACAUAAAGAGGCCAUUUCUAUGUUUGAAAAGUCACUCAAAAUUCGACUAUCUGUCCUUGGUGACAAUCAUUGCGAUACUGCUGCUUCCUAUAAUAACAUAGGAGAAGUCUAUUGGAAUCAGGGUAACCACGAAGAGGCUAUUUAUAUGCAUGAGAAGUCGCUCGAAAUUAGAUUGUCAGUUCUUGGUUGCAACCAUUCCGAUGUUGCUCAAUCCUAUAAUAACAUUGGCCUUGUAUAUUAUGAUCAGGGCAACUAUGAAGAGGCUUUACCUAUGUACCAGAAGUCACUUAAAAUUCGAUUAUCAGUCCUUGGUCACGAACAUUCCGCUGUGGCCCAAUCAUAUAACAAUAUUGGAGCUGUUUACUAUGCUCAAGGAAAUCAUGAAGAGGCUCUAUCAAUGUAUGAGAAGUCACUUAAAAUUCGAUUAUCUGUUCAAAGCCACAAUCAUCCUGAUGUUGCCCAAUCAUAUAAUAACAUCGGCUUUAUAUAUUGCAAUCAGGGCAGGCAUGAUGAGGCUCUAUCUAUGUACGAAAAGUCACUUGAAAUUCGAUUAUUAAUCCUUGAUGAUAAUCAUCCCGCUAUUGCCCAGUCAUAUGACAACAUAGGAAAUUUAUAUGAUGAUCAGGGCAAGGAUGAAGAAGCGAUUCCUAUGUAUGAAAAAUCACUCAAAAUUCGAUUAUCGGUCCUUAAAGAUAAUUAUCCCGACGUCGCUGCAUCACAGAAUGUAAGAACUGUGCGCUUUCGUCAGAGCAAACAUGAACGGGCUAUUUCUUGGUAUGAGAAAUCACUCGAAAAUAAAGUGUCUGCUCUUGAUCAAAAUCACCCCGAUACUGCGAUGUCAUACAGGAAUCUUGGAAAUAUCUAUUCUCGCCAGUGCAGGCAUGAAGAGGCUAUAUCUAUGUACGAAAAAUUACUCAGAAUUCAAUUAUCAGACUUAGGUCACAAUCAUCCACAAGUCGCAAUAUUAUAUUACAAGAUAGGAAGUGUCUACGAUAGCCAGGGCAUGUAUGAUGAGGCCCUAUCAAUAAUGGUUAAUCAACAUAUUUGUAUUAUCUAUAGCGAUACCACAAUAUAA